AUUCCAUUUCCUUGUCUUUGAUUAUUAGCGCUGUCCCACACCACAACAACGCACACUACAUAUACUAUACUUACAUCUUCAACCGCAAGCCCCUGUCCACUUUUAUCUCCUCCAAACCAACAACGUAACACCUACAGGACAAACAUCCAUCUCACCACUAAUCGAGUUGGUUUGAAGCAUGGAUUACUGGAAAUCCAAGGUUGCUCCCAAAAUCAAGAAAUUUUUUGAAAAGAAUGGCACCAAGAAGGCUGCUGCUGCAGAGCUCUGCAAGACCUUCCAAGACUCUAAGGAGGAGUAUGGCAAUGAUUUCGAAGAGAAGAAGACUGAGCUUCAACCCAGAGUUGUUGAAAUUUAUGAAGCUUGUUCAACUGAGAUGAAGGCUUUGGUGAAAGAUCCUAAGGAUGCAGGGUUGAAGAAGAACUCAGCUGCAAUUCACAAGUUCCUUGACGAGCUUGCCAAGAUUGAUUUUCCGGGAUCAAAGCCGGUAAGCGAAGCGUGUUCUAAGGUGGGGGCAGCAUACUUGUCGGCUCCAGUUUUCUUCAUCUUUGAGAAAGUGUCUUCUUUGCUCCCGGAGGAGAAGAAAGAAGAGGCGGCGCCGCCAGCCCCGGAGGUGAGUGAGAAGGAGGCAGCGGCUACUGAAGAAGACACUAAGAAAGAUGGGGAAGAACCCAAAGCAGAGGCUUCUGCUCCUGUGGCGGAGCCACCGGCCGCCGUUGAACCACCAAAGCCGGAAGAAAAACCGGCUGAGGCGGCGGCCAAAGCCUGAUCUCAAUUGAUGACCGCGACGUCCCAUCAUACGCUUAUCAUCAAAUUUGUGCAUAAAUUAAGGUUGCCGUAAUUUGUGUUGUAAGAAAAUAUAAAUGUGUUUUUUUUAGUAAUUAUUAUUCUUUAUUGAUUACCAUGGAAUAGUAUUUUAUGUUUGGCUUAUUGCCGUUAUUGGUAAAAAUAUUUAUUUUAUAUUUUGUAAUAUUCUUGUUCAAAAUUUGACAAUUUCAUAUUAAUUUUAAAA